AUGUAAUAUGAGAAUAGAAAAGUCUAUGAGAAUGCUAUGGAUUAAUUUAAUGAGGCAGAUAUCAAAGAGUUUCAAUUAAAAGAUUUCAAAAAUUCCAACAAUCUAGAGCUUUAUUCAUUAUUAUUAUUAGAUAUUUAGAAUUCAUAUUAUCAGGACAAUAAUCUAAAUGUAUCAGAAUUCUACAACUCACCACAAUUGAUAAAUGCUUUCAACAUUGUAUAAUACAAAAUGAAUAAUUUAAAAUUACUUUUUGAAUCAAGAGACACUAAUCUAUUCGGAGUUUGGCUUUGGAAAUAAGGAGAAUAAUUAUUAAUAUAUGCUGAUGAUUUAAUACCAUGUAAAAAGAACGGCGAUAAUUAUCAGCUGGCAACAGUAAUUUCAAAAUACAGAUGGCCAAUAAUUUUGGAAAAAGCAAUAGGAAAAUUAUUAGGAUUUGAGUAUGAGUCCUUUAAUAUAAUAUAAAACGAUUCAAUUGAAUUUUAUCUCUAAAUGAUGACUGGAUCAGAAGUAUAUGAAUAGGAAUUCCAAUCUAUUGAAGAAUUAUAGGAAAAGAUUAAAGCUAAUUAGGAAAUUUAUUAUGUCAAGUACACCUAAGACUCAAAAACGAUAGCGGCUGUAAUCUCUUUCAAUAAAAAUAAUUAAUAAGAAAACGUAAACCUUAUUUAAUUGAUUGCUCCUAAUGAAUAGUCUGUUUAUAAGAAAGGGAGGUAAAAACAUGAAUCAUCUUGUUAUCUAACUUGGGAAGAAUUUAAAUAGAAUUUUUAAUCUAUUUUCGUUUUAGUUUGGAUGGAUGAUUAUAAAUACAGAGUGAAUUCAAUAAUAUUAAAGAACCCAAUAGAGCGAAAAUCUGAUUUUAUAGAACACACUUAUUGUUAUAAGUUUAAAAUAAGUGAGGUUGGCAAUUAUUAGUUGACUUUAAGGUAGAAUGAUAUUCUAAUUAAUAAUGGUAAGAUAGAUAUAAAAGAUUAAAAAUUAAAGAAUCAAUUAGGUUUAAUUAGAAUGCUCUUGUUUUAAGAAUUGGAUCAAACGUAAUACAAAUUUAUUGAUGGAAUUUGUGAUUUUAAAAAUGGUAUUUCCAUCAAUUCAACACUUUAGAAAGGAGAAUAUUGUAUUGUAUGUCAAGGCUAUUUUAAUUAUUUUUCAAAUUAUACUGAAAAACAAUAAUUAGAGUAAGUUAAAUUAAAUUUGUCAAUGGCUGGACUAAACCUUAACUUCAACAUAGACCCAGAUCAUUUGGAUGAAUAAAAAUAAAUUAAACUAAUUACAAGUUUGAUAAAAGUAAAAUCUCAAUAAGAGAAGAUAAGAUACUUCAAUACGAUUGGACAGCCCUAAAUAAAAGUGACUACUAGCCAGAAUUAUGGUUUCUUGUAUUUUUAUUAUGAAAACAGAGGAACAAUAGAUAUUCAAGAAGAAAUAGAGUUUAUAUAAUUGGGAUACUUGCUCAAUUAUUAAUAAUUAUAAAAAUAGAAUAAAGACUUAGUAGUAGUCAAGGUGAACAAUUUCUAGAUUCUAUUGUAUACUUUAAAUCCUAAAAUUAUCCUUUCGUAAGAUCCAAAAAUAUUUGAAUUUUAAUAUAAACACAGAAUAAUAAAUGAUAUCUAAUAGUCUGAAGUGAUUAAUUAAAAUGGAUAAAAUUAAUAAUAAAAAGGGAUAAAUGAAAUAAUUUAAUUAUAAAAUACUGAGGUUAUCUAGUGUGAUUCUGUUGUUGCUUACAUAAAUUAACACGAUUAAGGGAUGAUCAUUUAGUUUGAGAAUAUAUCUGAAAAAAAUGUUGAAGUAACUUUAUAAUUUAGUGUGCUUGAGAACCUGGAUGUUGUGGAAAAUACGAACUUUAAUAAGGAUGGAAUGAAAUACUAAUUUUCAGUUUAACCAUAAUCUAUUAUGGUAAUGCUUUUUGAUGUCAUAGAACCAUCAAAUCCAUAUCAUUAUAAAAUGAAAUUAGAUUGUUUUAAUAAUUGA